AUGGUCAAUUCUACCGAGGCUUAUCGAAGAAGCGACUUGAUCCCGUCGCACAGCUUCUAUCCAGAUUACGAUAACAUCUUUACACGAUCGUACGGCAACGGAAGUGGAAAUUGGCAUCUCAAACAGCCGAAAUUGUCAGAUUACAACCCCGACAACCCGAACCAAGUUCAAAGCCAGGUACUCCACGAAGUUCGAAUCUGCGAGCUUCUCAGAAAACAGCCCCAUCCCAAUAUUGCCCAGUACCAUGGCUGUGACGUUCAAGAUGGCCGUAUUACCGGUCUUCUCUUUACGAAGUAUGACCGGACUCUAAUGGAAAGAGCCAAUCCCAGCUGUCUAAGCAAACGAAUGUUCGCUGAGAGGAGAAGUGGGGGUUUAUCAGCUCAAGAGACAGAAUGGUUAGUUCAAGUGGAGCAAGGUCUUCGACACCUCCAUUCUCUAGGAAUUAUUCACAAUGAUAUCAACCCAUCGAAUAUCGUGUUCGAGAAGGACAAAGCAGUGAUCAAUGAUUUUGGCUCAUGUUGUUUCCACGGGGCUGACGUUAAAUCGAUCGGGAGGACAUAUCAGUGGCACGACGAGGAAGCGACAACUGCGCUGCCGAGUAAUGACUUGGAUGCCUUGGAAGAGAUACAGCUGUGGCUCGCUGGAGAUCUAAAAAACUUCAAAUUCGACACUUAG